AUGGAUCCCCUCCCGACACCGAUUCUGCACCACCUGAGCUCUGCGCAGUCGAUGCGCGUGCUCUGGGCGCUUGAAGAACUAGCUCUCUCUCAUGGCCUACAAUUCGAACUAAAAAGUUACAAACGCCAAAGAGGACGCGCCCCGGCUGAGCUGCAAAAGGUGUUUCCCCUCGGCAAGUCGCCCAUCCUCGAGAUUCCCGGGGUUGAAGUGUACCGCCCUCUAAAGUUUAUCGAUAAUGGAAGCGAAACAAAGAGGACGGUGGUGACAGAGUCCCGUCUGAUUCUUCAAUUUCUAUCUGACAAGUACUCUAAGGGGGAAUGGGUGCCUGCCACCGAGGAGGACCGACAGCGCGACGUGUUUUUCCAGGAGUUUGCAAACAGCACCGUCAACGUAGUCGUUGAUCGCAUCACUUACUUUCAGACUAUCCCGAUCGGCUCUCCGUGGAUUGUGCGCCCGCUGAUGAGCGCUAUUUUCCAUCCGAUUGAGGCUAUUUUCAGCAAGGACAUUGACGGGCCUUUGGCGCUGAUGGAGCGCGCCUUGUCGGGCGAGACGCCGUGGUUCUCGGGCCCAACCCUGGGACUGGCAGAUUUCAACAUGAUGUGGCCAUUAGACGGGGCAUCUCAGAAGAAGCUGAUCGAUGAAAAGAAGUAUCCCAAGGUUGCCGACUGGUUGAAGAGGGUCCACGAGCGGCCGGCUUACCAGAAUGCGCGGAAGAAGGGGGGUGCGUACGAUUUGGUGCGGUAUGAUCUGUAA